CCCAAACCAUGCCCCGAGGCUCAAACAUUCGGAGAAGAAAAAAAAAACACCCCACCCAACCCCUCCGCAGUACCGCCCCCACUCCAGCUCGCUAUGAGGUUCAAGAUUGAGUAUGUCAUUCUAUGGCUCCAAUUUAGAGAAUGAGCGAGAGUUAAUAUUAAGUUAUUUAGUGAACUGGAAGUGCUUUUCCCUUACCCAAGGAUAUAUCCUGGUGGGUGGCGGUUUCUUCGUUGAGCUUGUCAGGGAGCGAUUGCUAACGUUGGCUGUUGGCUAGAGCAAUAUGCGUAUGUUUGUUCGGAUCCUCAAGCCCUCUGGAUUCCGUAUCUGGACUGACAUUGCUGUUGAUAAAAGCUACAUGACAGAUCUAAAGAGUAUUUGCUUCUCCCUCCUCCUCUAGCUUCCCCAGUGUGCGGAAGAGCUAAUAAUCUUUAUAGGAACCCUCGACGCCGGUGGCCACUGUGUCCUCGAAAUGCCUUCAGGAACCGGCAAGACUGUCUCCCUCCUCUCCCUAAUUGUGGCCUACCAGCAAUCGUUUCCCGAACCUAGGAAGCUAAUUUACUGCUCCCGUACCAUGUCCGAGAUCGAGAAGGCCCUAGCAGAGUUGAAGGCGCUCAUGGCGUACCGGAGUAAGGAGCUUGGAUACGUGGAGGAGUUCCGGGGGUUGGGGCUGACGAGCCGCAAGAAUCUUUGCUUGCAUCCGAGUGUGAGAAGGGAGCGGAAUGGAAAUGUGGUUGAUGCUAGGUGUAGGAGUCUCACGGCAGGGUUCGUUAAGGAGAAGAAGGCGAGGGGGGAGGAAGUUGAAGCUUGUGUAUUUCACGAUGUGGGUAUUUCUUGCUCCUGCGGUUGGUGGCGAGGGUGCUGACCCUGGGUGGGUGCUGAUUUUGGUAGAAUCUGGAUGCGCUCGAACCGCAUAACUUAAUUCCGCCUGGGGUUUAUACGCUUGAUGGGAUGUUGAAGUACGGGGAGAAGCAUACGCAGUGUCCUUACUUUACCGCUCGAAGAAUGGUUGGUGGUUUGUCAGGCAGUAUUGGCCGAGCUCUGUGCUAACAAACCGCCUUAGAUGCCAUUUUGCAAUGUCAUAAUUUACUCAUAUCAUUAUCUGUUAGAUCCCAAGAUCGCUGAGAGGGUCUCCAAGGAGCUUUCUAAAGACUGCAUAGUUGUCUUUGACGAAGCCCAUAAUAUUGGUUGGUUUUCGUCUUGACCUUCACGGGGUACUUGGGUUGAUUGUUUGUCCGGGAUUGUUAGACAACGUAUGCAUCGAAUCUCUUAGCAUUGACUUGACGGAUGACUCGCUCCGUCGAGCAGCCAGAGGCGCACAGAAUCUUGAGAAGAAGAUCAGCGAAAUGAAGGCAACAGACGCGGAGAAGCUACAAAACGAGUAUAAGAAACUUGUUGAAGGCUUGCGGGACGUUAAUGAGGGGACCGAAGAAGAUUCUUUCAUGGCCAAUCCAGGUAAGGUUGCUAGGCUGAUUCUAGCAGGAUUGGAGAUUGAGUUUUAUAGUAUUACCUAAGGAUCUGUUAAAGGAGGCAGUACCUGGGAAUAUCAGAAGAGCUGAACAUUUCCUGGCAUUUUUGAAGCGGUUUGUUGAGUAUCUGAAGGUAUUUGCGUCUUUCGCCCGGGCAGGCAUAUGAAGGUUGACUGUGCAAAGACAAGAAUGAAAGUGUUACAUGUCAUCUCAGAAACGCCCGCUUCCUUUCUUCAGCACCUGAAGGACUUGACUUUUAUUGAAAAGAAACCGUUGAGGUCCGUAACAACCCCCGGGAGAAGAUAAAUUGAUCUGACCGGACUUUAGGUUCUGUGCCGAACGCUUAACCUCGCUUGUCCGAACCUUAGAGUUAGCGAAUAUUGAGGACUACAAAUCGCUGCAAGAGGUGGCUAUGUUUGCUACUUUGGUUGCAACAUACGAGAAAGGGUUUUUGCUUAUUCUUGAGCCUUUUGAGUCCGAGACAGCUACUGUGCCGAAUCCUAUUCUCCACUUUACCUGUUUAGAUGCUUCUAUCGCCAUCAAGCCAGUUUUCGAGAGGUUCUCUUCCGUUGUCAUCACUUCGGGAACUAUCUCUCCACUAGAGAUGUAUCCCAAGAUGUUACAGUUCAACACGGUCGUGCAAGAGUCGUAUUCUAUGACACUUGCACGAAGGAGCUUCUUGCCAAUGAUAGUAACCAGGGGUAGUGACCAAGUGGCGGUAAGUACACGAUUCGAGAUUAGAAAUGACCCUAGUGUCGUCCGAAAUUACGGGAGUCUUUUAGUCGAGUUCUCUAAGAUUACGCCUGAUGGGAUGGUUGUGUUCUUUCCUAGUUAUCUAUACAUGGAGAGCAUUAUUAGUAUGUGGCAAGGAAUGGUAGGCCUUCCCGGCCCUAGUAUAGCACGAACUUAGACUGAUCUGUUGCUUAUAGGGAAUUCUGGACGAAGUCUGGAAAUACAAGUUGAUCCUGGUAGAAACACCGGACAGCCAGGAGACUAGCCUAGCACUGGAAACCUACCGAACAGCUUGUUGUAACGGAAGAGGCGCAGUCAUGCUCUGUGUCGCCCGUGGAAAAGUCUCGGAGGGAAUAGAUUUCGACCACCAUUACGGUCGAACCGUGCUUUGUAUAGGCAAGUCACUUGACUCAUCCUAACUCGCCCGCGCUCACCACUGACGAUCAUGCACACAGGAGUCCCCUUCCAAUACACCCAAUCCCGGAUCCUAAAAGCCCGCCUUGAAUUCCUCCGUGAAAACUACCGCAUCCGAGAAAAUGACUUCCUCUCAUUCGACGCCAUGCGCCACGCGGCCCAAUGCCUCGGUCGCGUCCUCCGUGGAAAGGACGAUUACGGGAUAAUGGUGCUUGCUGACCGCCGGUUCGGGAAGAAGCGAAGUCAAUUGCCUAAAUGGAUCAGUCAAGCCCUGUUAGAGUCGGACGUCAACUUGUCAACGGAUAUGGCGGUUGCCAUCGCAAAGAAGUUUCUGAGGACCAUGGCGCAGCCAUUCGCACCGAAGGAUCAGGAGGGUGUAUCAACGUGGAGUUUGGCGGACUUGAAAGAACACCAGAGGAAAGGGAACGAGUUGCAAGAGGUUGGGGAGGAGGGAGAGGAGGAUGUAGUUAUGACGAAUAUAACGGCGUGAUGUAUUUUUAUGUUACUGUAGGGGUCGAUAGAGCCGUGAUAUUAUGUGAUGGUAUAUUAAAUCAUGAUAGGCUAUGGUGAUGAGAAUUAUGUUUUGCAUGGGAGAUUGAUGUGACAUGAUUCGGGCUGUUUUUUUUUUUGACAUCUAGACUAUCGCUACAAUACAGUGCAUUGUUCAUAAACAACCGUUAAAAACACGACGAACAAGGAAAAAAUAGCAGCGGUAUUUAAUUUGAUAAACCCCCCCACCGUUCCCCCGUUCAGCCAAGCAAAGACAAGAAAAGAACUAGAUUACAAUCUCCCAAGUACCCCUCCCCCUCCUUUUCGCUUCCAAUCAAUCCUAUUAUCGGAGGAAAAUUGAAAUCUACUCGUCAUCGUCCUCUUCAUCGUCGUCCUCGUCCAUUCCCUCCGCAGCCUCAACCUCAAAAUCCUCUUCAAGAUCAACUCCGACAUAACUAUCGCUCAUCAAGAAUAGCUUGAGUUCAUGCCUACCAGGAUCCGGUACGGUAUAGUCCAACCUAACAUCCAGUUUCCUGCCGAUCGUAACCCUCUUGAUCGCUAAAAGAUUCUUGCUGCUCUCCUCACCAACAACAAUCCACCAAUUCUCCAUUUUGUUUUGGGGGUAGAAAGGGGCGUGCACUGUCGUGUCCACCUCUGAUUUCUCGUUUUCCUCGUCGAGCUCGCGCUCGAUUUUGACCUUGAUAUAGGAGGGGGAACCAGCAACCACUGAGUCGGGGUCUUCGAGUUCGUAGGCGAGGUCGAUAUUGGGGUAUUUUUUGUUGGUGAAGUGCGCAAUUUUGCCGAGCUGGGAUUCGGUGAUGGAGGUUCGCUGGAGGAGGUGGGUGCGGGUGGAGUCUUCGCCCAUGGUGUCCAUGAAAUCAAAGAUUGUUUUGAUGCUGUGACACGUGUUGGUUUGGGUAUUAUCAUUAUUUGGGGAAAGGGGGAGGGAAAUGAAACGUACCCGAGUUCGCCGGCAGCCUUGACACGCUCUGGUGUGAAAAAGGGGAUUUGCAUGAGUGCGCUGUCGCGAUCCCACAUCGCCUGGACACACAUCUGGCUCAUUUCCAUAGCGCUCAUAGCGUUCAGGUGGCCUUCUGAGGACAAAACGUCCACGCAAGCGCUCAGGAGGUUGAGGAUCUUGCGCAAUACAACAGCCUGGUCGGUUGCUAGGUCGGCGGGGAGCUGCAUUCUGGAGAAGUGGGCUUGGAGAAGUACAAAUGCUUUGAAGUGCGGGGAUUCGUAGUUUGGCUGUGACAUCUUUACUGGGACGUUGUCGUAGAUGCGGCGUAAUACCCGGUCCUCGUGUCUGCGGAUCUGGAUAGACUCGAAUUCGGUGGCUGAGGUGACAAUUUCUAGGAUGCCCUUGAGUUUUGUCUUGCCCGUGAGUGAGAGCAGGAAUGUCUGCAUUGUGAUAAAGGAGAUGUUGUAGUAUGCUGCGAUCAUGGCGGCGUUGAGGGGAGUGACGGUGUCAUCUUCUUCAUCGAUAUCAACGAUCUUGGCCUCAGCCAAAUCUUUGAGGGUGUUUUCUACCAUCUCGGAGAGAUGAGUACUGAGCCCUUCGUGGGAGGUAUCUGUUAGGCUGUAAUAGCUCGGGUUGGCGAGAAGUCUGCGGUAAAAGUAUGUAUAGGUCGACCAGUCAACAGCAUCCUGGGUCGACCCGAUGGUCUUCGUGCUUAUUUCCGUGACGAAAGCAUCAUGUAGAUAUGCCGGAAGAUGGCUCUCAAUAGGGAGAGCUUCAUUCAAGAAUUUUCGGUAGUAGUCUUUCUUUACGGCUGUGGUCAUUAGAAUAGCUUUACCGAAUUUGUCCUCGCCUGGCCUUGACGUCUUCCCAAGCAUCUGAAGAACCUCACUCAGAGGGUAGUCAAUGUAACGAUGUUCCCUCCCCUCAAAGAAUUGGGUGCCCAUAACAAUCACCAUAUGAGCGGUGGUGUUUAUUUCCCAAGCAACAUCUCUGGAGGCUAGAAGGACCUUGAAAGCGCCGCCCUCGAAUAGGCUUUCAACGAUACGCUUGUCAUUCUUGCUCAGCGCCUCAUGGUAAUACCCAAUUCCAUGCGACAGGCUCUCUACAAGCGGCUUCUCCUGGAUAAGUUUUAAAUGUGAGGAAAUAUCCUCCAAAUUGGUGUUCCGGAAUUUGUCUUCAUCAUCGUCGGCAACACAAUACGCUAGAAUAUCUAGGGCGCUGGAUCGGCAUUGCUUUCGACUUGGGACGAAGACAAUUACUGGCUUGUCUAGAGGCGCUGAGGAUAUGGCUAGGUAGGCAGGCUUUGCCAUUGCCAUUAUCAUCGAUGGGAAAUGCGGAAUGCCGUAGGACUGGAUGUGGAUCUCCAAUGGAGUAGGACGUGAGCUGGGACUAAAGUUGUAAAUAGUGUGCUUGUCGGCUCCAAUCCAUUCGCCCAGAUCUCUAGCGUUCGAUAAUGAGACGCUUAGAGCAACAAUUCUCAUUGGGUUUUCUGUCUGUACAGCAAUGUAGUGCAUUCUGGAGACAACAAUCUCGUAAAUGAAACCGUUUUGUCCCCCUAGCAUGUGAAGCUCGUCGGCAAUGAAUAGCUCUACCGUUUGCACGUUCUUACGUCGUUGCCACUGCCUUGAAAGCACGUCCCAUUGUGUUGGUGUGGCCAGGACCAAGUCACCUCUUUCAAGGAGCUUCAAAUCCGUACUCGUUUCCCCAGUUAACUUGACGAUUUCCUUGCCACCAUCGAUCUUACUGAGCUUCGCCUUCCAAUCUGCGUACCUCUGGUCGACUAGUUCUUGGAAGGGAGCGAUGUAUACCGCCCUUCCGGACUCUUCGUCCUUAGACCAAUGCCGGAGAAGCGCGAACUCCGCACAAACCGUUUUCCCGCUUCCAGUGGGUGCCCCAAUGAACACGUUAUCGUCUGUGUCGAAUAGGGAUUUGAACACUUGAGUUUGUAUCUUAUUAAACUGUCGCCAUUCGGGAUAGAGAUUGACAAAUUCCGGUUUUUUCAACGCCUCAACGGGUAAAGGCACAAGGUCCAAUAAGGGGGUGUGUGGUGGGAACUUCUCUGGAAGGAUUAAUUUCCGGAACGAUACAGCCAGCUUAGUCUCUGAGUGCAUCCACCUAUCGGAAACAACGGUGAUAAAGUAAUUGGGAGGCAUUGGUUCUGUCAUUGGCACCGUGAACUCAACUAGAUGAUCAUUGCUUUCGCUUUCGGCGUAUUGCUUGCGUAGAAUGAAUUGAUCGUGGAACAGUAUUUCUUCACCGUCGCAAUCUUCAACCAAGAUCCAGAAUGUCUCUGCUGUGCCGUGGUAUGCGUCGUCCCAGAUGAAGUCGGGUGUGAUAGUCAAUUCAACCUUGAGAAGGCUCCUAGUCACUGGCUGCACUUGGGCUUGAACAUCUAACCUCGGAAACCUCUCUAGUAGGCCAUGGGCCAACUUUCCCGCCCUUGCACUGUUGAAAAGCUCCCCUAGGUGAGGGGGAUCCAUAGUAAAGUACUUGGACCAGGUGAACUCAGCAGCACGCUCGGCCUUUGUUACAAUGGGGCCGAGUUGAUUCGCAGGGGCCGGAGCAAACUGUCGGAACGGGGUCAUAGUUGGCCACAUCCUCUUUUCGGCCAUCUUGCAAAGAUCGAGGGCAGUUUUCGUAACUGAGGCCCAACCACGCUUGAGACAGAUCUCGAAGAUAGCUCUCAGGAUACGGCCGGCUGAUUGGGUGACAUAAACCAUGUCAGCCAUCAAAGCCAGCCCCUCCAGCUUUAACCUGGAGAUAUUAGCCUGAAGGAGAACAUUAAUUUUGGCUUGAGGCUCCUCAAUGCUUUCCUUCACUGGGAUAGGGACCCUAGUGAGAAGCUUGCCAAGCUCCAAACGUUCCUCCGAUCUCACUGGAAUAUACUUAAAUUCCUCGCUUAGUGCAAAUACCCUGAAUAAUUCGAUUGUGGUUAAUGCUGGUUGAAGAUGGAUGUUAUAAGUAAACAUUGAAUUGUGAGAGAUAUAAUAGUGGCUUGCAAUCCUCCCAAGUUCUGUAGACUGCAGCUUUCCAGUCUUCUUGUCGUAUUUGACUAGGUUGCACUUCUCCAACACUGCAGCAGCCGAGUGAAUUAGGUCUACCCGCUUCUGUUC